UCAGCAGAGCCACUUCUGCUGGAACAUCUGCAGGGAGGAUAAAUCCAGUGAGGAGCAGGAAUAAGACUCGUGCAGGCAGUAAAAACGCAGACUUUGUGCACGAGGACCCCUCUGGGGGGGCUGUCGAACACUUGGUCUGGGUUACUCUUCUCCUUCUCCCGUUGCAGGAAGCUGGAGACAACAACCAGUUCUGCUGGAGGAAUCUGUUCUCCUGCAUCAACCUGCUGAGGAUCCUCAACAAACUGACCAAGUGGAAACACUCCAGGACGAUGAUGCUGGUGGUGUUCAAGUCGGCGCCGAUCCUGAAGCGGGCGCUGAAGGUGAAGCAGGCCAUGCUGCAGCUCUACGUGCUCAAGCUGCUCAAGAUCCAGACCAAGUACCUGGGGCGCCAGUGGAGGAAGAGCAACAUGAAGACCAUGUCGGCCAUCUACCAGAAGGUGCGGCACCGCAUGAACGACGACUGGGCCUACGGCAACGACAUCGACGCCAGGCCGUGGGAUUUCCAGGCUGAGGAGUGCACCCUGCGGGCCAGCAUCGAGGCCUUCAACAGCCGGCGCUACGAGCGCGCGCGGCCCCCCGAGCUGUGCCCCGUGGACAACUGCCUGCAGAGCGUGCUGGGCCAGCGCCUCGACCUGCCCCGAGACUUCCACCACUCCUACGAGCUGUGGCUGGAGCGGGAGGUGUUCUCCCAGCCCAUUCGCUGGGAGGAGCUGCUGCACUGCCAGUGA